GGAUUUUGGGGAAUAUGGAAUUUAUGAAGGGGAUGAAGGAAGGAAAUCUUGCAGGUGGACUGUGAAGAGAGUAUUUUAUAUUUGAUUGGGUGGAUUAUGUGUUCUAUGGGGCCUGAGUGGGGGCUAUAGUUGCUGCUUUGGGGAUAUUGAUGAGGUAUAGAGGAGAUGAGAGAUUUUUGUAUAGAUCUCCGAAUUUGUUGAUAUCUUCGAUAGUAUCGAUGCUUCUAUGCCAGAUACUUACAGGUAUUGCUUCUUGAAGGAAGUUUGGAGCCGGAGGGCCAAACUGAAUUCUUGGGCAUAUUGAUCAAUACGUGUUUUAUCCAUUCCUCUUCAUAUCGUACAUGACAAGGGCUCUACGGCUAGUAAUUCUAUUCAAAAGAGCUGAUAUCGGUCUCUACUCUUCAGAAAGUAUUUCCAAGGGUAAUGAUGAAAGCAACACCAUUGCUUUAUUGAAGGAGAAUGAGGAUACAGUUGAGCGAAGCUUGAGGAGUGAAGAUAUCAGAAAACCUCAAGCCACAAGACUUAUUCAUAGGAUGUAUUAUUGGCUUUUAUGGUUUGAUACAGAAUGGCAGUUCUUUUUGCUAGCAUGUUUCUUCACAUUGAUUCCAAUAGCCUUGAUGGCCACUUUCUUCAUCAUUGGAAGCUACAAGGUCCUCCCUGUUAUAAACAGCUCAUUCUGAUUAUGUUGGAUAGGAGAUGAGUCACUUUAUACUACAAUUUUGAUCGACAUUAUUAUGAGAAAUCUUGACUGAUAUGGAAUAGCUACUCUGUAUGUCCUUUUGAUGAAAGUUCCAGCAGAUUUCAACAUCAAGACUGAAGUUAGAAGUAUACUCUUUUUAUUAGGCGGAGCUGGGAUAGUAAGAAACUCAAUUGGAAUCUUUUUCUUUUCUCAAGAAGAUCCGAAUUCUAUGCACUUUAACAGAAUUUCAUUUUAUCUUCAAACAUUUACAUUCUUUGUUUCUGUUGGGAUUUCUGUGUUUAUCCCAUUUUUGACAAAUAAAAGAGUUAUUCCUUCUUUGCCAUCCUCUCCUGAGAGGAUCGAGCACAUUCAGACAGCUAUUCUUGAGCCUAAAGGAUUCAGUACUUUCUAUGAAUGGUGAGAAACAAAUAAUCCAAAUGUUGUCAAAUAUCUUGAUUGCUUCGUUAGAAUCAGAUUCUUCAAGAAAGCCUCUGACAACCUCGAAGUGACCAAACAAAUGAGAGAAAAGGCUGCAGAGAUCAUCGACUUCCACCUUUCUUCAGGAAGUGACGAGCGUCUUUCUUGUAAUUCACUCUUCCCUGACCUUGAAAACCCUACACCAGAGAUGUUCGAUUCCCUACAGUCAGAAUGCCUCUCUGUGCUAAGCCUGGUUUACCAGCAAUAUAAGAACAGUGACGAUUUCUUCUACCUCUACCAGCAGCUUCAGUUAGAAGUGAAGCAGUACAUAAUCCUAAAAAACAGGUUAAUUCCUUAA